AUGGCUUCUCGCGGAAGGGGAAGACCAAGAAAGGGUGACAAUUGGUCUUCAAUUCAUUGCAAUCCAAUUCCACCGUCCAGAACAAACCAGCCUUCCCCUGGAUCAGCCAGAAAUCCAGAACCACGUCGAUCACAACCUAUUCCGUGGGCAAACCAAAACAAGAUCAAAUCUUUUCUCGAGUGUGAGGCAAUCUCGAAGAAAGGGGAAGUAUUGGUACAGUUAUGGAACCCGGUGAAAGACAGCUGUAGAAAGACACGGAUAACUUUAUCAGCGCCGAACCAAUCUAUUGGUUUUGGUCGUAUUACCAGAGAUAAUGAUGGACUCUUCCGUUUUAGGUCCUAUUGCCUGGACGAUUUUACAGUGGUGGAAGAUGAUGGGAAUCCAGUUAGCCCUUUCGGGAGGGUGUGGAAACAGAAAUUCCCAGAGUAUUGUCCAAACAUCGAGUGCUACUCCACACAGGAGUUUCCUCCGAGGGAAUUUUCUAUAGCUUGUGGGAUUAAGCAGUAUUGGGCUUUGCCACUUUAUGAAGUUUAUGAUGUGCUGGAUAAGGUAAGGAAAAAGCACCAGUUACCUCUUAUUCAAGUCUGGGUUCCUCGAAUGUACAAUGGCCAUGAGGGUGUUGUGAAAGGUGACACGAAUCCAUCAAGUUCCUCAAAUGCAGAAAGCUGGAUGAUUACUGAAUUGUUUCCUCAUUUGACAUCCAUCGAUUGUAAUAUGAGGUUUGCUUCAGAGGUUUAUCAAAUGGCUUCAAAGACAACUUGUUUGGUUAAGGCUGGAAAAGGUUUGGUUGGAAAAGCAUACUCCCUGAAGAGGACAUGCUUCUUGACAGAUACAAGCAGAUUUAGUAUCAACAUUUACCCUCUGGAGAUUGAUAAUUGCGGUGAUCAUCAUCAGGAGGAUGAUGAUUGUCAGAAGGAAAAGAAGCUGGAAUGGGUGCAGCAGUUACAUCCCAUUGAUCUGGAUAAUCUGGAAAAUGCUGAGAAUUGGAUGUCAUUCUCUUUUGCUGCUUUGUUGUUGUUGAACCUUCCUUUGUGUGAGAACAUUGCAACUUGUUUACCUCCUGAUUGGGAUCAGGAGUUGAAGCCAUUAUCGCUUCAGCCGCCAAUCUCAAGAGUUGAUGUUACUAAUUCUGAAGGUUCUUCCAAUAAUGCACAAGACGAAGACAAUAAGUCUGCAGCUUCAAACAUUAAAAUCAAUUUGAACGAUAACAACUCUGGUCUUGCUGAAUGUCCAGACAGAGCCAAGAAUUUGGACAAUCUUUCGGCUGAUUCAAACAUCAGAAUCACUUUGAAGGAGAAAAAUUUUGGUGUUUCUGAUUGUCCUAAUGCACAACAAGACAAGAAGAAUAAAAGUAUAUGUGAUGAACUUUGGGGGCCUCUAGUCAAGAAGAACAAUGUCGAUCACAUCCGAUCAACUCCAAAGAUCCCAAGUUCAUCUGUUCAGCUCGAUGGCGUUGAAGAAGUGUUGAAACAAUUCGAGAUUCGAAGCUGUUCAAGUGAUAAAGUAAGUGAUCAGGCAAAGGAUAUAAGUAUUGCACCGCCGAAAAAUGGUGGGAUUGACGGCAGUAAUGACUUAGGCCGUGAAGAAUUGCGUAGGGAAUUGGGUAAGAGGUUCAAAUCGAAAGGUGGAGAAUCUUAA